AAGCUUAAAGGGCAGCAGCGGUUGCUCCAGGACGGCGACGAGAAGGCCCAACUGAGAUUCAGCAAGGCGGACACGGACGACAGCGGCUUCAUCGACAACAAAGCUGAGUUCAAGAAAUUGAUCCAGAUGGGCAUGAAGAAGCUGGGCAUUGACAAGGCAACUGCGCUGCAGCUCCUGAAGGAUGCCGACUUGGACGCUGAUGAGAAGUUGAGCCCCGAGGAGUACCUGGGCCUCGAAGGCACCGCCAAGAAGCUUAAAGGGCAGCAGCGGUUGCUCCAGGACGGCGACGAGAAGGCCACUGCAGAUUCAGCAAGGCGGACACGGACGACAGCGGCUUCAUCGACAACAAAGCGGAGUUCAAGAAAUUGA